UUCCACCAAGUGAGAAGAGUGAUGACCAUCCUUUUCCUUACUAUGGUUAUCUCAUACUUCGGUUGCAUGAAGGCUGCCCCGAUGAAGGAAGCGAGCGUCCGAGGACAAGGCGGCUUGGCCUACCCGGCCCUGCGGACCCACGGCACCCUGGAGGGCCUCAACGGGCCGAGCGCCGCGGCGAGAGCGCUGCCCUCGCUGGCGGACACCUUCGAGCACGUCCUCGAGGAGCUCCUGGACGAGGAGCAGGAGCUGCAGCCCCGCGAGGAGCGCAAGGACGCGGACCUGUACACGUCGCGCGUCAUGCUGAGCAGUCAAGUGCCUUUGGAACCCCCCCUGCUCUUCCUGCUCGAGGAGUACAAAAACUACCUGGAUGCCGCCAACAUGUCCAUGCGCGUGCGGCGCCACUCGGACCCGGCGCGGCGCGGCGAGCUCAGCGUGUGCGACAGCACCAGCGAGUGGGUGACGGCGGCCGAGAAAAAGACCGCGGUGGACAUGUCCGGCGCGACCGUGACCGUCCUGGAGAAGGUGCCGGUGCCCAAAGGCCAACUGAAGCAAUACUUCUACGAGACCAAAUGCAACCCCAAGGGGUACACGAAAGAGGGCUGCAGGGGCAUAGACAAGAGGCACUGGAACUCCCAGUGCCGAACUACGCAGUCUUACGUGCGAGCUCUCACCAUGGAUAACAAAAAGAGAGUUGGCUGGCGCUUUAUAAGGAUAGACACUUCCUGCGUAUGUACAUUAACCAUUAAGAGGGGAAGAUAGUGGGCUCGCGGCGUAGAGAUUAUAUGGAGACAAAAAUAUCUAUUUGUAUAUAUACAUAACAGGGUAAAUUAUUCAGUUAAAAAAAAUGAUAAUUUUAUGGACUGCAUGUAUAACUGAAGUUUAUACAGUACAGUGGUUCCACGAUCUAUUUAUUGAACAUAUCCAUGACCUGAAGGGGAACAAAAGUCAUUUGCGCACAACUUUAAAAAACAAAACAAAACAAAACAAAAAAAAAAAGAGAAAAAAAAAAACACAAAAGUCUGCAUUACAUUCCUCGAUAACGUUGUGGUUUGUCGCCGUUGCCAAGAAUUGAAAGUAUAAAAAAAAUGAAAAAAAAUAAAUAAAAUUGCAUGCUGCUUCAAUUGUGAAUUGAUGAUAAACUGUCCUCUUUCAGAAAAAAAAUUGAACCAAAACAUUCCGUUUACAUUUUAGACAGUAAGUAUCUUUAUUCCUGUUAGUAUUAUAUCUGUUUACUGCUUUUAACUUCUUCUGAUAGCGUUGGAAUUAAAACA